AUGUGGGAGGCCGUAUUUAACUGUUGGCAAGCGCGCUAUCCCUCUUUACAGCACUCCCCCUUUCCCAUCCUAUCCUAUCAUCCUCAACCUCCCUUGAAAAUUAUGUUCCAAGUCGCGUCGUAUCCAACUCCAUUCAGCACGCUUCCUCAGCAACGUCAGCAUUGCAGCUCCGUUCAGCUCCCUGCGACUUUGGCCCGCCCCCGUUAUUCCGAAGUCUCUGCCAGCGCUAUCGAGGCUGUGUCUCCUGAGCUCGCUGGCGUUCCCCCCGACUAUAUCCGAAGGAAUUUGCGCUCCGAAGCACCACAAAUGCUAGCAGGGAUAUCUGCUUUGGCGCCCUCCCAUCUCCCCACCAUUCUGUCGAAAAGCCAUCUUCCGGGCGUGUUAUCCGUCCCCAUUCGCUCGCCGUCGCGCGCGUUCCCCACCCAUGUGUUGGCUAUCUCGUCUUCUAAGAUUCCCUCAGAGCAUUGUAUGGUAUUUCCUAUACAUGCUCUCGUCCUCGCGUCGCACUGCGCGCAUCUCCCAGCGAUCCCACCUGCUCAUUCACAAGCCGGUCAAUCGCUGGUCAAGCUCCCUGUUCUUCCCUUCGCCCUCCCUUCGCCGCAAGCAUUCGGCAUCAUACACAACUUCAUGUACACCCACCGCCUCGAGCCUGUCUUCAGAUCGCUCCUCCCAGUCCCAACAGGUUUCUUCCAAUCCAUCUCACACGAGACGGUCCUCGAUACUCUGGACGCCAUGGGGACAUGCAUGCAACUGUCGGCCUACCUUUGCUCCCAGGAGCAGGGGGACUUGCAGAAGCUCACUACGCAUGCUGUGCAUGUUAAGGAGCUCUGGCAGGAUAUGAUCGCUCUCGGCAUCUACAGCACAGAUUUGUGGGACGCUGUUGACCUUGCUUGGAGAAUUGUGAUUGGCGCGCUUACCAUUGCCGCUAGGAACGCGAAUUAAUUUCGCACCACGUUAUGCCUUUAAUUUUCCUGGGCGCGUUUGUAUCCAAAAUAUUGUUACUAAUACCCUUGCAUUAUUCCACCAACCCCAUAUUUCUAGUAUCGUUACUGUAUUAUUUUUUGUAGGACUUGAUUUGAGUCGAACAUCGAUGUAGCCGUAUACAGUUUCUCGAACAUCUUCUAUAUAUAGCCUUGCAUUUUUUUUCACCCUUUUCAUGCGUAUAAUCUGUGUAAAUCCGUAUAGACCAAAGCAAGACGUCGACUUCUCCCUCCUUAUGGCACAACAAAUUGAU